AUGUCGGCCUAUUCGGCAAUCUCUCGCAAGCUCUGGGAGCACCCUGACCCCGAGUCAACAGCGAUGGCCCAGUUCAAGCGAAGCUUAGAACAAUCCAAAGGCGUGAAACUACCAGAUUACAAUGCCAUGUACCAAUGGUCCAUCACACAUCGUACCUCAUUCUGGGAUUUCUGCUGGAAGUACUUCCCCAUCAUCCACGAAGGGACCUACGAGCGUGUUGUUGAUGAAACAGCUCGCAUUGACAGUAUCCCCGACUGGUUCUCGGGAAUUCGGCUCAAUUUUGCUGAGAAUGUUCUCUUCACUUCGGGUCCCGGUGAAUCCAUUACGAAAGUUGGCAAGGAAGAUGACAAAAUUGCUAUCACGGAAGUUCGAGAGGGUGAUGCUGAGCCUGCUGUUAAUCUUACUUGGAAGGAGUUGAGGAAGCGAACUGGUCGAGUGGUUCAGGCUUUGAAAGUCGCUGGUGUGAAGCGUGGAGAUCGAGUUGCUGUUGUUGCUAGCAAUAGUAUCGACACUAUGACGAUCUUCCUUGCGACCACAGCCCUCGGUGCUCUCUUCUCAUCCACGUCUACUGAUACAGGUGUUAAGGGGAUUCUAGAUCGUCUUAUACAGAUCGAUCCUCGAUGGGUCUUCGUCGAUGAUACGACCGUGUAUAAUGGGAAAACAGUCGAUCUUCGACCCAAGAUCACUCAGAUCGUGGAAGGUUUGAAUCACAUCAAGGAAUUCCAGGGCGUUAUUUCUAUUCCCAGGUUCAGAGGUCGUCCUGCGGAUGUGAAACACAUCCCACGAACCCGAACACUGGCAGAGUUCCUCUCCACCGCAUCUUCCGAUGAGCUGGAGUUUACUCGAGUCGGGUUCCGUGACCCGUUCUUGAUUGUUUACUCUUCGGGAACUACUGGUGAACCGAAGUGUAUCGUUCACUGUGUCGGAGGUGUCCUACUAAAUACAAACAAAGAGGCCAAACUUAAUCGCAGCAUGGAUGCCACUGCUACUGUCUUGCAGUAUACUACGACCGGAUGGAUUAUGUAUAUGUCCUGUGUUUCUGCGCUGAUCUUUGGCGCGAGGCCGAUUCUCUACGAUGGAAGUCCGUUCUUGCCUGACAUCACAAUUCUGGUCAAGUUACUGGAAACACACAAGGUCACGCAUUUCGGUACAUCACCUCGAUGGAUGCAGGAACUACGCAAAAACGGGAUCAGUCCUCGCAAGAUUGCCGAUCUUCAACACCUGAGAGGAGUCACUAGCACCGGAAUGGUUCUCUCCGAGUCGUUAUCCGAAUGGUUCUACGACGAGGGAUUUCCACCACAUGUACUCCUAGCCAAUAUCUCUGGAGGCACCGAUCUUGCAGCGUGCUUCGGUCUCGAGAAUCCGAUUUCUCCCCUUUACGUGGGUGGAUGCCAAGGCCCUAGCUUGGGUAUUCCUAUCGCUGCGUUUGAGCAAGUAGACGAAGGGGUCACCCAGGUCAAAGGCACGAAAGCACCAGAUGGUGAACCCGGUGAGAUUGUCGCGACUGCGCCAUUCCCUAGUAUGCCUGUAAAGUUCUGGGGUGAUAAAGAUGGGAAGAAGUACUUCAAUGCCUACUUUGCUCGAUUUGAUAAUGUCUGGACACAUGGCGACUUUAUCGCUAUUAACCCAAAUACCCACCAGGUCCUCUUCCUCGGUCGAUCAGACGGCGUAUUGAAUCCAUCCGGUGUACGGUUUGGAUCUGCGGAGAUCUACAACGUGAUCGAUACCCAAUUCUCAGAAGAGAUUGUCGACUCCGUUUGCGUUGGUCAACGGAGACCCAAAGAUACAGAUGAAUCCGUGAUGCUGUUCUUGCUCAUGCGUCCUGGCUUCAAGGCGAACCAGGCAUUAAUGACGCGUAUCAAAGACGCUAUUCGCAAGGCACUUAGUGCUCGACAUGUACCGAAAUACAUUUUUGAGACCCCUGCUAUCCCGGUUACCGUGAACCUGAAGAAGGUCGAAUUACCCGUUAAGCAAAUUGUCUCUGGAAAGAAGAUCAAGCCAUCUGGUACCUUGUUGAACCCAGAAAGCCUGGACUUCUACUACCAGUUUGCGGAUAUUGAGAAGAUGCUUCAUCCCCAGGCGAAGCUAUAG